CGUACAGCCUGCCGGAAAUAUUUAGAAGAGGAAGCCAACGCCGGUUUCCGGAUUGCAGAUGUCUUGGCGGUGUUGAGAGGCUUGUGCUCAGGAUGCUGUUGGUUUUAUCUGAGGAUCAUAAGGAACACCUGAGCUUCCUGACCAAGGUUGAUGGUUGUGUGGUUGAAGAGUUUGGUCGCAUUGCACUAGAGUUCUUGAAGAAAGGAACCAACCCAAAGGUCUAUGAGGGGGCGGCCAGGAAGCUCGGUGUUCCUGUUGGGAUGGUGCAGCGUGGAGUGGAAGGCCUAAUGUUCCUGAUGACGGAAAGCUCUAAGCACAUGAUUUCUGAAGUGGAUUUCAUGGACUCAGUGUUAGCUUUGGGAUUUGGUGAAGCGCUUAUUCAGAGCUUGUUGCAGCUCUAUCUGCAGCACAAACACCAGAUUCGCAGCAUAUUGAGCCAGCUAACCUACCUUCAGCCAGCCUACCACAAUCUGGAAUGGAGACUGGAUGUACAGUUGGCGAGUCGUUCAGUUCAUCAGCAAAUCGUUCCCAUGGUGACCAUGCGCCUUCUCUUGUCAAGAUGUUAUGGUGCUGGCAGCACCCACAGCUUCAUUGAUCUCCAAACAGAUCCCAGCACUCUCCUGCAUGUGAUCUCCACACUGGAGGCUGCUUUAACUGCAAUGAAAACCGGUCAUGCACGCCGAAUUUUACGAAACAUUAAAUAACUCCUCCAAAAUGCA